AUGUUCCGAGAAAUGACCCACUUGAUUACAAUGGUGAUCGCAGUGCUUGCCAUGUUGACUACAAUAUUCGCUCAGUGGGGAUACGGAUUUUAUCCCGGCUAUGGCUAUCCUAUGUACGGCGGCGGCUUUGGCGGUUGGGGCGGUGGCUACAAUCCAAUCCAGGGCGCUGUGGAAGGUGCGGUCUUAGGCGGUAUGCUCGGUGCUAUGGAGGGAAAAUAA